UGAGAGGCCACUGAUAUGUUCUGAGUGUGGGAAAUGUUUUACAUACAAAUCACAACUUGUUAUACAUAACAGAAGUCACACAGGUGAGAGGCCUUUUCCAUGUUCUGAGUGUGGGAAAUGUUUUGUAUGGAAAUCAGAUCUUGUUAUGCAUCAGAGAAGUCACACAGGUGAGAAGCCAUUUUCUUGCUCUGAGUGUGGGAAAUGUUUUACACAGAAAUCACAACUUGUUACCCAUCAGCGAAGUCACACAGGUGAGAAGCCAUUUCCAUGUUCUGAGUGUGGGAAAUGUUUUGUAAGUAAAUCACAACUUGUUACACAUCUGCGCAGUCACACAGGUGAGAAGCCUUUUCCAUGUUCUGAGUGUGGGAAAUGUUUUACAUGUAUAUCAGAUCUUGUUAUACAUCGCAGAAGUCACACAGGUGAGAAGCCAUUUUCUUGCUCUGAGUGUGGGAAAUAUUUUACACGGAAAUCACAACUUGUUACCCAUCAGCAAAGUCACACAGGU